AUGUCUCAAAUCCGCCUUUUGUGCAUUGGCCUAUUCACAGGCUCCGUGAUGUCAGCAUCAAAUUCGUCAUUAUUCUCUCCCUGCUCGUAUGCACCAGAGAAUAUAUUGAUAAGAGAUGUUGUUGUGAUAGGCGGGGGCGCUUCUGGAACAUAUGGAGCCAUUGCAUUGAAAGAUAUGGGCAGAAGUGUUGCAGUAGUAGAGAAAAAGCCGCAUUUCGGGGGACAUGUGAAUACAUACAAUGAUCCGGAGACUGGACUCGCAUUGGACUUUGGAGUACAGGGAUAUGAUGGUGACAGUAUCACCCAGGCUUUUUUCUCCAGAUUCAACAUCCUUCUCAUUCCUUUGAGCAAAGGGAAUGGGGAAGUUACAGCGGACUUUGAUACAGGAGAGAUUGUAAUGACAACAAUGUCCGCUGAUAGCCUCGCUGCCUAUGGCGAGCAGACAAAUCUGUACUAUCCAGACCCAGCACUCGGUUUACAUCUACCUCAACCUGUGCCAGAGGAUCUCUUGCUUCCUUUUAGAGAUUUCAUUGUUAAAUACUCUCUUCAAGAUGCAGCUUACACUAUUUGGAGAUUUACCAGUCCUGGAAAAGACAUCCUUGACCAGUUAACUCUAUAUGUGAUGCUUGGGUGUAACGCAGCAUCUACGCCACUUCUUGGUGGCCAGGGAUCUGAUGUAACUACAAGAAACAAUUCUGAGCUGUUUGGAAAGGCAGAAGAAGAAUUUGGAAGCAGUGCCCUGCUCAAUUCACAUGUGAUUGCAGCAAAACGGUCUAAUGAUAGCAUUUCACUCGUCGUGCAGACUCCCACGACGAGGAAACUGAUACUGGCAUCUCAAGUGCUUUUCAGUGCACCAAUCGUGCUUGACAAUCUCAAUACCUUUGACCUUGAUACUAUAGAAUACUCCGUUUUCUCGCAAAUCUAUUAUUCGAGUUGGUAUACUGCUUUAGUGGCUGAUACCGGAUUACGGCCCGGAUAUGUCUAUGAAAACGCUGCGAUCGAUACACUAUACAAUAUCCCCCUAGAACCAUACACAUUUCGGAUUGGGGCAACUCGAGUGAAUAACAUAUUCUACGCUUACUAUGGCUCCAUGGAACAACUGUCCGAAAAUGAGGUCAAGGACAGGAUAUCAAAGACCAUUCAAAUACUGUCUGGCAGCUCUACAAUUCCGCGUUUCCUAGACUUUGUAGGUCAUACUCCAUUCAAGCAGCAAGUGCCUGCCAAAGCCGUUGCAGAUGGUUUCUAUGACCAGCUGAAUGCGCUUCAGGGGCAUCGAGGAAUGCACUAUACGGGAAAUGCAUUGGAUGCAUCUGGAUCAAGCAGCCUAUUCAAAUUCACUCAGUAUUUAUUGCCGAGAAUCAAUCAAGCCAUCGAUGCUCAUCCAAUCGACCUAGACUUAGGAACCUGCUACCGGAACUUAUCAGCACGUUGGCACUAA